AUGUCAAAGUCUCUCCGUCACGCAAAGAUCACUCCUCAUCGCUCCAGCAGCCGAGGUCAUAGUGAUCAUGGCUGGUUGAACACUUACCAUAGUUUUUCCUUUGCCGACUGGUAUGACCCAAGGUUCAGUCACUUUGGCUCUCUUCGCGUUCUCAAUGAGGACCGAGUAAAGGCCAACUCGGGUUUUCCUACUCACCCUCACCGGGACUUUGAGAUCUUCAGCUACAUCCUGUCAGGAGAGCUCACACACCGAGACUCGAUGCUCACCAAGGGCAAGGAGGGAGGACAGUCUGACAAGUUCUACCGCAUGCACCGUGGAGAUGUCCAGUUCACCACUGGUGGAACUGGCAUUGCCCACUCGGAAUUCAACGAACACAAGUCAGACACUGUCCACUUUCUUCAGAUCUGGGCCAUCCCCUGGAAGCGUGGUCUUACCCCCCGAUACCACACCCGUCACUUCAGCGAUGAGUCCAAGAGACAAGACUUUGUCAAGAUCCUGAGCCCUCUCAAGGGUGGCGAGGAAGCUACAGUCCAGCAGGAGAAGGACGCUGAGCCUGUCAUCCCCGAUACCAUCCCCAUCCACGCCGACUUUGUCAUGGCCGCCGGUAUCAUCGAGCCAAGCAAGAAGUUUGAGUGGACCGUCGGUGGAGGCGCUACUGAGCAAACAAAGAGAAAGGUCUAUGUGCAUGUGCCAAUGACCAAGGGAGGAAAGGCCAAGAUCCGUCUGGACGGCCGGGAGGAUUCCGAGAUUCAAGAGGGUGAUGGUGCCUUCAUCGAUGGUGUCAAUGCCGGUGAUAGGCUUGCGGUUGAGAGCAUUGGUGAGGCCGAGGCCGAGGUUGUCGUUCUUGAUACUGCUUAA